CACAACACGGUGGUAAAAUUCCGGGAUUGUUUUGUUUCUAAGAGGACGUAAAUAAUUCCUAUGCAACCAAAAUAUUUGAACGCGAUUGUGUGAGAAAUAUAUAUUAUACAUGCAAGUUCUAUACAUGCAACACAUACGCUUUCUGUAGUCAGAAAUGCAGGAUUUGUCGACAUUUUGAUCAAAGAAGCAAUCUGUAGAUCAAUCUUCAGCUUGAGCCAUUCAAGUCAGACGACAGAUCAAAUACGUCAGUGGAAAAUGUGGUAUUACUUUGUGGCUCAUUGUGCUUACCAUUUUACAAGGUGGUUUCCUAAAGACGCGCGAGGAAAAGUGUAAGUAAUAAGGAACUGAGGGAUCAUUUUUUUUUUUUGACAUCUUAUGGCAGUAGUUACACUCGAUAGCUCGCCUUUUAAGUUAAAACCGAAGUCAAGCUGUGCAAUGGCACGAAGACCUUGCACUUAGCUGGCUGAUCACACAUCCUGCGGAAAAAUCAUGAAUUUUGUCCUAUCCAAGCUUUUAGGGAGUCCAAACUUUGCGACACUUCAAAGAAAAAUGUCAUAGAUACAUGCCUGUAUGCAUGCUCCUAAAAAACUUAUUACAUUUAUAUACUCAGCAAGAUAUCUCACUCCUGAUUGGUCCAUGACAAAGGCAUUAACAGUUUUUAAAGUGCAAUAUAGUACUUCCUUGUAGCAUGCUUAAAAUUUAAGCUUCUAAAAAUAUAUGAGAUAUGUUAAUUGUUAAUCUCUGAAAUACCACUGAAAACAUCAAGCAUGGUCUGUCUGUCUGUAACAAUAUCUGUAAUAAUGACUGCACAAUCAAGCCACACUUUUUUCAGUUAAUGGUUUGAACCCAGGGGUAACAUGUGACAGUGUAUUCUGAUUGCCUGGGUGAGUGUGGUGAGUGUAGUCCUGAGAAGGACUGUUGUCAGUAGAAGUGACUGAUAUUUAGACGACCAGAUCAAAAUUAAUCAUCAGAGUAAUGUAAAGAGUCUUGUCAGUCAAAUAUACUGAUUGUAGUUGGUGUAAACUGAUUGGUCAGUUUAGCUGUGAUGUUAUUGGUUAUAAGACUCAAGCAGUGUUGUGAUUGGUCAGUUUUGAUUACUCCUUAAGUUAGGUUGUUAUGUUCCAUUCAAUUGUGGUGUCAAUGAGGAGAAAAAGUCGUUUGUAUGGUGCUGGUUGUAGUUGACACCUGUUGAGGGGAAUCUGUUCUUUAUUAGUAGACCAGCUUUCCAGAGUCAAUCAUUGAAAAUAGUUAGUGCUGACAAGGUUAGGCAUCACAUAGAGUCCUAGUCAAGUGUGGGGUUCAUAAGUUGAUGACCAAUGACCUACAUUUAUUUGUUUGGAAAAUAAAGUUUGGUUGAGAAAUAUUACCUAAUAUCAUUUCCCAGAUAAAGAGGCAUGCUCUGUUCUAUUAUGAAGCAUUUAGAGCAGCUGUGUCUUAAGUUAUUUAUUGUGGGAAAUAUGAAGACAAAAAGGUGUAGUAGUCAGUUAAUCCCUGACUGACAAGAGCAUGUGCACCUUUAAAACAAACUCGGUAAUUAAAAUAAUUUGAAUAUUGAAUGAAUCAUGGUUAAAAUAUUUGACUAAAUUAUGAUCAAAACUACUUCCUCUCUCAACAGGAGAAUCACUGUGAUACUUUUUGCUCUUUCAUUUAUUAUACCACAGCUUUAUGUGGUUCAAGUGUAAGUAUCAGACUCACACAAAGUUCUGAGUUAAUCAUCUGCUAUGUGCUCAUCAUUGUUACUGGUAUAGUUUGUCACUAAUUUUCUGUUAUUUUGAAAUUGUCUGUCUUACAAUGCAAUAGUAGUUCAUGCCUAUUAUUUGAAUAAAGAAAGACGAUGGACAUUUGACAUGUCAUGCAAAAUAUGACUUUUAAGUGCACGUUUAUCUCUUAGCCAUGGCAAAUGUUUUAAAAGUCUUCCUGUGGUCAGAGAAAUACAGUGUGGCAAAAAAAAAAUUACAACUGAUUAUUACCUUCUUAUAUCUGUGUCUUUCAUGAACAUUUGGUAAACACUGUGUUACUGGAUGCACAGCUUUGUAACAUACAUGUGCAUGACAGGGCAAAUGACAAAAGCAGAGCAACAUUAUCAGCUUAUCCUGGUAUUAUGUAAACUAAAUUUUGGACUUAUUGUUCAUCUCAACUUACUUACAACUUCAAAAUUAUCAUUUUGUACAGUGUUUCAUGUACCUUGUUGUCUCUGAAUGUCAAGAUGCAAGCCCUGUUGAGAUUGAUAAUGACUAAUUGUGCAUUCAUUUUUAAAAUCAGUUUAUUCACUUUACUUAUGGUGCUGAUAAUCUGUCUUCUGGUUGAUGUAAAUAUUUUUUUUGCAUCAUGGUAGAGAGCAAACUGGUAAUGGAUUCUGUGAUGAGCCUCUGUUAAACAUCACUGUAGCAGGAAUUGUUUUCACAUUUGCUAUGAUAGGUGAGGAAAUGUCAAACCUUUUGGUAUAUUCACAAAAGGUGUAGAUUAAAAGCGAUUAUCUAGUUUGUCCUUUUGAGAAUGAUUUGAGUCAGAUUAUUUCAGUAUGAAAGAGAUGAGGAUUCAAGAGUUACAUGCAAGGGUAAUUUCUCUAGUUCAAAUUUAAAAAAUGAUAUGAAUGAAAGAACUUGUAGCUGCAGAAACUGUAGAAAAAGGAUGAGCAAACUAGAAUUUUUCUUCCAUGUCUUCUGCUUCCCACUUGAGGUUUUUAUCAUCUGAACUACAAGUCUUAUGUUGUGAGCGAGACAAUGUUUCAUUUGAUCUUUUUCCCCACAAACAUAUCUAAUCACCAAUAUUAUAUACUGGAUAUUAAAUCAUUUAACUGCUAAGAUAAGAUCAUUUUGUUACUUGAAACCAUCCACAAGUCAAAUUAUGACUUUAUUUCAUAUAUAAUGUUAGUUGUUUAAACUAGAUAUAAUACAGAAGACAGCGUAACGUUUUCUAGUGUUUGAUACUUAUUUAUGUUUUUCAGCCUUCACAUUUCUCUUUGCCAUAAUGGAACCAGUUCCUUGGCAGCUUAAAAUUGCCUUUCAUUUCUUUGGAUUUGGUUCUCUAAUCCUUGGCAUGGUCCUGUUUGCCUCAACUUUAGCCACAUUAGAUUGUGUGAGUAUUGAAAUCAGAAGAAAUUUUGAAUUUAACCCAAAGCUUUUACCUUAUAAGUAAUUUUUUGUUUAUAAAUAUAUUUUAAUAAGGAAUUCAAAUGAGGAGAAUAUACAUUCACCAUGUAGCAUUUAGUUCCAAGUUGGUUUACUUGUUAUCAUUUAAGUGUGCAGUGGCAAGGAGGAAAAAACUUUUUAGGGUGGAAAUUGUAGCAAUUUACAAGGCUUUAUAUACAUGCAUCCUUUUGGAUUUGGAUGAAUCAUUGUGUCAUAUUAAUUAUUGUUUAUAUUACACAUCCUAGAACUGUAUGUUAUUAUUACCAAUGUGGAUUAAUCUGUUUGUUUUUCAGAAGGAGUUUUCACCUGAGUUGUAUUAUUUGUGUCUUUCAUUAGGAAUAUUCUCAGUUCUUUCAACUGGUAGGCAAAUGAAAAUAUACUUGUACAUUUAUGGUUUUAUUUUGCACAUCAAGUCUUUGGGUGGACUAACUCUAAUUAGCCCCUGUAUGGUGUCUUAUUUUUAAUUAAAAAUGCUUUGACUGAAACAGGUUGGGGGAAGAAUUGAAGGCUACCAGAAUUAUUGACUUGAUUGAAUGUCUGUUUAUUCUGGAAGAGGUGACAACAGCAGAUUUGUUUUUAUAAAAAAUAUAGUUACAAAGGUGGGGCCAAUUAGAUUAAGCUCAUUGAAAAGAGGUGAUAUACAAAAUAGGUUUUAAAUUGUUGCCUGCAGAGAUGCAUUGCUCAGCCACAAGGCAGAUCUGAUGAGUAACAUUUCAAAGUGCCCCACUUGAGAGAACAUAAUAAUGCAGACAGCUAUCUUGUCAUAAUUUAAACUGAAUGAAGUGUUUUACUUGUACUUUUUGGUAGGAUUUCUCAUCAUCAUGCUGCCAUUCUGGUUGGUAAACUACCUUUGGCCUGACUCUGUUCUCAACCGACGAGAGAGACGUGGUGUUUGCUAUGAACCUGUCAAAUGUUGCACUUGUCUGUGGCAUAUUUAGGAUGUAAACUGUACAUGAUGUAACUGAUUCUGAACUGCCCAAAAUCAAAGUUUACUUUGAGCUUUUGAAACAAAGACAAUAAUUUCUAUGCAGUGUGUUUCUCAUUCAGAGUUUGCACUGAUGCACAAACAUUUUACCUUGAAAUUCUGGUUUUCAAUGAGUGAUCAUGUUCUAGACAAACUCUUGUCUCCAGAAUGAUUUUGAAGCUUUAAGUAAGUGUGACUGAUAUUUAAUUGAAUAUAAAUAUUUAUGUCUUCCAAGUACACUGAAAAUUAUCAAGCGUCCACAUGCUGUAAAUAUCUUAAAAUUAGCUUGAGAUGCAAUGUAUCGCUGUAUGGGCUUUGACUGUAAUAUUUUGUUAUUUAGACAUAUCUUCAUGAAAAGGAGUUUUGUUCAAAUGUGGGUUGGCCUGAGCCAAGGACCACAGUUCUAAUUACUCAGCAUAGGGUUCUGUUGGAGCCUCCCAAUAUUUUAAGUUCUGGAUCACAUUUCCAUAGCGGUAUUGUACAUUACACGGAUACAUGUAGUUUUAUAUAAUAAGCUCAGUUAUACACGCAUUCUGAUUGGUUCUCACUUAUGAUCUAUUGGAGGACAGACGUAUAGAUGACGUCAUCAUUAAAACGUUUUUAAUUCUUUAUUACAUAAAACAAAUAGAUUCCAAGUUGCAGUGCGUUUGUUCAGUAAUAGAUCACAGAUGACGUCAAAAUGUGGUAAGAACAAAAAAGUGGCACACUCCUUACCGACUUAUAUCAUUUUUAUAAACUGCUGCAAAUGAAAGUGUCCCAAAAACAAGUGGUAACUUCAAAAAAUGAUUAUAUUGCUGAAAGUGCUCUUAGAAAAUAAGCUUUGAGCUGUUUGCAGAGAUGGAAAGAUGUAGCAUAAUCAUUGGCUUACCGACUGUAUCGUUUUCUACUGAUGUAAAUAUACCAUUCGACGUCGAAUUUCUUAUUGUUGUAGAUAUCUCGUGCGUUAUUUCUACAAGUACAGUGGAAAUGAACUUGUGGUAUGUUAGUAUGAUCGUGAUUGGAUUGUAGAGAUUUACAGGUCGUAAUGUAAUCAGGGGAAACGAAAAUGGAUCAAUGUAUCAAGUUUUCAUUGUAGAAUGUACAUUGCUUUCUGUUGUUUCAAUAAAGCUUCAGACGUAUUUUCGCCA